UGGUGCCCGGUGCCCCACGCACAGCGCGUGCUGGGAGUGACGGCCCUGGAUAUGCCCGAUCCACGUUGCUAUGACAACAGACCCCAACAACUGUUUCCAUGGCGACACAUUGACGGCGCACAGUUUCCAGGCUUGAGACCGAAGUGGACUUGAAACAAUUGAAACUGUAUCCGUCUCUCCGUGUUAUCUGUGCUGUGCGAUACGAUGCCUCCCAAAAACAAAGGCUCGGGUAAAAAGCCCGCAAAGACCAGGACGCCCACUCUGAUAGAUGGACUCACCAAGGAGGAGCUGUCCAAGGAGCAGAUGGAAGAGCACAUUGUGCGCCUUCGAGAGGAGCUGGAUCGAGAGAGGGAGGAGCGGAACUACUUUCAGCUGGAGAGGGACACGAUUCAAAACUUCUCGGAGAACACAAAGAGAGAGCUACAGGAGAUGAAGGCUGAAAUGAACAACCUAGAGAAGGACAUUGAAGAGGAUGAGAGGUGCCACCAAGUAGAGAUCAAGGUGUUUAACCAGAAGAUGAAGCACCUGCUUUGUGAACACCAGAACACGAUCUCUGAGUUGAGAGCAAAUGCUUUAGUCUCGACUGAAAUGCAGCAGAAAGAGCAGGAAACAUUAGAGACUGAGCUUCAUAAGAGAAUGAAGGCCAUCAAGGUCGAGAUGGAGGAGAUUGACGAUGAACACCUUGUCAAGGAGCUUGAACUGAAACAUGCCGAAGAAAUGACUGAAGUGAAGGACAAAUUGGAGAAGCAACUCAGAGAAACUGAAGCUGUGUAUGAGGGAAAGACGACGUUUCUGCUACAAGAGCUGGACAACAUGAGGAAAAAUGGGAUCAGUGAGAAAGAAGAUCACUGGAACAGCCACAUCGAUGUUCUCAUAUCCGACCACAGCAAAGCUCUCAGGGAAGCUAGUGAGCUGGUUAAAGACUUACAACAGGUUCUGGAGGGGAAUGAUUCAUUCAAGACACAAAUGAAAGAAAUGAAGAUGAAACAGAAGCAGGAAGAAAAGGACCUGAUCCUUCUUAUGCGCGAUAACAAACGUCUUGCUGAGCAUCUCUCGAAAGCUGAAGAGGAAAUCGCUGAAAAGAAGAAAAAGAUGAAGCACAGCGCAAUGAAAAAGGAGGACACCAAAGAAAAGAUAAUAGAAAAGAAGAUGAAUGAUCUGAAACAGGAUUACGAGACGCUGCAAGAGACAUUCGACAAGCUUCAGCUUGAGAGGGACGAGCUGUACAAGACGCACUCUCAGUCUAUUCAGAGGGCGCAGCAUAAAGCCGAUCUGAAGCACAUGCAGCUGGAGACGAAGCUGAAAGCUCUCACAGACAGUCUGGAGAAGACAAACGCUCAGCUCCACUCUGUGCUCACUUCCUCUAACAUGGACCAAACAGGCCUUCGUGAGGUCAUAAACAACAUCCAGGAAAACCUUGACUCCGACAAUAAUACCAUCAAGAUCUUACAGUAUAAAAAAGAUCAGAUUUCCAAGGCGCGUGAGGAUUUGCUGCUGUACUACAAGGCCAAGCUAAGGGCUCUUGGUGUCCCAGUGGAGGAGCUUCGUGCUGAGCCCUUUGAGAGCAGUCGUGCUGGAAAGAUUCGAGGACGGCUCUUAGAUCUUGGCUUUGCCCAAAAGUGAGAAAACAGACAUUUUAGAUAAAAAAAACACCAUCAGCAAAGCUUCGAUGCAUCAUGCAGGGACUGUUUUCUUAAAGAAAAGCUUCUCAAUUUGAAAAAACAUAUUUACAUUUUUCAAGAAAAGGUUAUUGUAGCUUUAAUAAGCAACAUGUUGCUGUUUCAAACUAUAAACAAUGAUAAAAGAACAACAACUCGAAACAGGGUUAGAAGCAUGAAAAUGUGACCAGGACAUCCCUACUUUUAACUCAGCUCUUUGACUUUCUACAAGGAAUGUUAAACAACAGUCGGGGGGGCACAGUGGUGCAUUGAGCUGGUCACCUCACAGCAAGUUUGCCAGUCUCCAAGACUUUAUCCAAACUUUAUGUAGUUUGGCUUUCUUGAAGAAAAUUGUACUUUCUUGAUUCUUGUUGUUCUGGGUUUUGUACCCUCAUGGUUGAAUGCACUUAUUGUAAGUCACUUUGGAUAAAAGCGUCAGCUAAAUGAAAUGUAAUGUAAUGUAAUCAGAUUGUCAGGUUGAUUGGCAGUAUAUUGGUUGACAUUGGGAGUAUGUCCUGGGGGCAAGUGAAGUCGAGUCUAUUGAUACUCAACUUGACCCCAACUUUACCCUAACUCCAGUCAGGGAGCUCUGCUUACUUCUUAACCUUGAAGUAUAGUAUCUAGUAACAAUACUUGAUUUUUGCCGCACAUUGACAUUUUGUUUCUAUUGUAUAAAGUCAUUGAUGUCUUAAAUCAGGGAUUUAGCAAACUAAACUAAAUUUCAACUAAAUUUUCUACCCUCUAUUCGUACCUGCUAAAUUCACUCUAGCCUCUCCUAGUUUUUUCUCUGUUAAGCACAAUGGGACUUUCUGU